AUGACAAACACCCGCAAAACCCACCCUUUAAUUAAAAUUAUUAAUCACUCCUUCAUUGAUUUACCUGCGCCCUCCAAUAUCUCAACAUGAUGAAAUUUCGGGUCUCUACUAGGACUUUGCUUAGUCAUCCAAAUCCUUACCGGAUUAUUUUUAGCAAUACACUACACAUCCGAUACUUUAACAGCCUUCUCAUCAGUCACCCACAUCUGUCGAGACGUAAAUUACGGCUGACUUAUCCGCUAUAUACAUGCUAACGGUGCAUCAAUAUUUUUCAUCUGCCUCUUUCUUCAUGUAGGCCGAGGAAUAUACUAUGGCUCAUACACCUAUUUUGAAACAUGAAACAUUGGAGUUAUUCUCCUAUUUACAGUAAUAGCCACAGCCUUCAUAGGCUAUGUUCUUCCCUGAGGUCAAAUAUCAUUCUGAGGAGCAACUGUAAUUACUAAUCUUUUAUCCGCUAUUCCAUAUAUUGGCACAACCUUAGUCGAAUGAAUCUGAGGUGGAUUUUCAGUAGACAAAGCUACUCUAACACGAUUCUUUGCAUUCCACUUCGUUCUCCCCUUUAUUAUCGCAGCCCUAGUCAUAGUCCACCUCCUUUUCCUUCAUGAAACUGGAUCAAACAAUCCUUCAGGCCUUAUCUCUGACUCAGACAAGAUCCCCUUUCACCCAUACUAUACCAUCAAGGAUAUCCUUGGAGUUCUUCUCCUUAUUCUAAUUCUAAUAACCCUAGUCCUAUUUUCACCUGACCUUUUAGGAGACCCCGAUAAUUACACACCUGCAAAUCCCUUAAGCACACCACCCCAUAUUAAACCAGAAUGAUAUUUCUUAUUUGCCUACGCUAUCCUACGAUCUAUCCCCAACAAACUAGGGGGCGUUUUAGCCCUAGUAUUCUCAAUUCUUAUUUUAAUACUCUUUCCACUACUCCACUUAUCUAAACAACGUAGCAUAAUAUUCCGACCAUUAAGCCAAUGCAUAUUUUGAAUUCUAGUAGCAGAUCUAUUCACACUGACCUGAAUCGGAGGACAGCCCGUUGAAUACCCGUAUAUUAUCAUCGGCCAACUAGCAUCAAUCCUAUAUUUCGCUAUUAUUCUUUUAAUUUUACCAACCAUUAGUCUAAUUGAAAACAAACUUCUUAAAUGAAGA